GGUCUAAUAUUAUUUUUCUUACAAAGAACAAAGCCCAUCCAUUCAACCCUAAUUCCCAUAGCCAUUAAAUCACUCGCAUUGCCCUUUCACAGUCUCAUUUUCGCGCGGCGCACAUCAAACACUAGCUCCACCGAUUCCGAUCCGCGGCCGCCACCAUGGUGAACGUUCCAAAGACGAAGAAGACCUACUGCAAGAGCAAGGAGUGCAAGAAGCACACUCUUCACAAGGUUACCCAGUACAAGAAGGGUAAGGACAGCAUUGCUGCUCAGGGGAAGCGUCGUUAUGAUCGGAAGCAAUCUGGUUAUGGUGGUCAGACCAAGCCUGUCUUCCACAAGAAGGCUAAAACCACCAAGAAAAUUGUGCUGAGGCUGCAAUGCCAGGGUUGCAAGCAUGUUUCCCAGCAUGCUAUCAAGAGGUGCAAGCACUUUGAAAUUGGUGGUGACAAGAAGGGCAAGGGAACAUCUCUGUUUUAGGUGGACAAUUAGGGUUUGCAGUUGUUUAUGUAUUCGAAGUAUCUGGAUGUUUUGUUUCUCUGGAUUUUUGGUAGCUAUAUUUUGAAUUUUACAAUACCCCUUGUGUUUCAGAAGUGAAAACUAUUGCUAGUAGUCAUUGUCAAUUAUUCCUUGUUAUGUGAAUGAUUGCAACAAUCUUUUAUCUUUAGAACCUUUAUAUUCUAAUGUCUGAGUUAUUUCA